CGUUUUGGAACGACCCAAAACAAUGAAAAUCAAUAAAAAAAUCGAAUCUCGUAAAUAUUUUAAAAAACGUAAGCAAGUAGGAGACUACAAUGGCGUCAUAUGAAUCAAGUUCAGGGUUGUGUGUUUUCAGAUCCGCCAUAGAUGCAGAGGGCUUGUCCUUUCCGAGUUCUUUGGAGGGCAGCCGGGUUCUUCUUUUAUGGGCCUUAAACGGGCCUCCAGAUACCCAUCUUCCUCUUUUCGAUCAACACCCGGUUUUUUUAGACGUUUGGAAGCCAUGAGAACAAGAAAGGUUUUGGGGGUUUCUCUGUCUCUCAUUCUCAUCAACUUGGCUGCUAUAAUGGAGCGAGCCGAUGAGAAUCUCCUCCCAUCUGUGUACAAAGAAGUCAGUGAAGCUUUCAAUGCCGGGCCAUCUGACCUCGGAUAUCUCACAUUCAUCAGGAACUUUGUGCAGGGAAUGGCAUCUCCCCUUGCAGGUGUACUAGUCCUCUUAUACGACCGCCCCACCGUGCUUGCAAUGGGCACUUUCUGCUGGGCAAUAUCAACUGCUGCAGUGGGUGCAAGCCACCAUUUUGCUCAAGCUGCACUCUGGAGAGCAGUGAAUGGGUUCGGGCUGGCAAUUGUCAUACCAGCCCUUCAGUCUUUCAUUGCUGAUAGCUAUAAUGAUGGCGUGAGAGGGGCUGGGUUUGGGAUGGUAAGUCUUGUUGGUUCUUUGGGUGGCAUUGGAGGCGGUGUUGUGGCCACGCUUAUGGCUGGUAACAUGUACUGGAGCAUACCUGGAUGGCGUAUUGCCUUCAUUCUAAUGGCAGCACUGAGUUCACUAAUUGGGUUCCUUGUGUUCAUGUUUGUGGUUGACCCUAGAAAAAUAGUUCCUAUCACUCAUGGUGCUGACCAGAGUUUUGAGAGGGAUGAUUUGAUAAUAAAGGGCAGUACUACUUCAACUGCAGCAUCAGUUUGGAUCGAGUCUUGGACAGCCAUGAAGUCGGUUGUUAAAGUGCCAACAUUUCAAAUAAUUGUCUUGCAGGGCGUUGUUGGGUCGCUACCAUGGACUGCCAUGGUGUUCUUCACUAUGUGGUUCGAACUUAUAGGUUUUGAUCACAACAGUACAGCAGCCCUGCUCAGUCUCUUUGCUGUUGGAUGUGCUACGGGGUCUCUUCUUGGUGGAAUAAUGGCAGAUCGAAUGUCACGAAUCUACCCCCACACUGGCCGCAUCAUGUGUGCGCAGUUCAGCGCCUUCAUGGGAAUUCCAUUUUCUUGGUUUUUACUCAAAGUUAUCCCGCAAUCAGUAGACAGCUAUUACACAUUUGCCGUCACUCUCACCUUGAUGGGUUUAACUAUCAGCUGGAAUGCUACUGCUGCAAAUGGUCCUAUGUUUGCUGAGGUUGUUCCUACCAAACACCGAACUAUGAUUUAUGCAUUUGAUCGGGCUUUCGAAGGAUCCUUCUCUUCUUUUGCUGCUCCUUUGGUUGGAAUUCUUUCAGAGAAGAUGUUUGGCUAUGAUGCAAAAUCUGUGGAUCCGAUUAAAGGGUCUACUAGGGAGGCCUUUGCAUUAUCUCAAGGGCUUAUUUCGAUGAUGGCAGUUCCAUUUGGUUUGUGUUGCUUGUUUUAUACGCCUUUGUAUGUGAUUUUCAGAAAGGACCGCGAGAGUGCUAGAAUUGCCAGUGCAAAAGAGGAAGAGAUGAGCCUAACGAAGUGAAAUGAGGUAAUUCUUAGGUUGAAGGAGCAGCAAAUCUGUGUGAAAAUAGAAUACGUUCGACUUCUCAUUUCUCAUGCCUAUGGCAAUUUCUUUGGAUUUAGUAUUUGAAGGUUACACGCAUUCACCCGGAAUAGACAGUGACAAGUUUGAGAAUAUAUUUUGUGAAGAGUCAUACUCUAAAACUUUGAGGCUAAGAGAUUUGUGACAGGAAGCUAAUUCCAUUCUGAUUCUGUGAUUCAUUGGUGGUAAUGCCAAGCUGAGCAUUGAGCAAUACACGUCUAUGAGGCUAUGAACAUUGUGGUCAAUGUGAUUUGAUUCUAGAGUGAUAUGUUGUCACUUUGAAACCUAUAGGAAUGCUCAGCUUGAUGUCAAUGCUAAAGAGAAGAAUAAGUACUUUCGCAGUUGGUAAUAUGAUAUUAUGCACUUGUUUCCAAAACCUUACUAUUUUUUUCCGUGGCAAAAAAAUUCAACUAUGAAUGGCCUCGGCUGAAUCCCUAUCAAGCAUAAGCUCGAGUCACUGCAACAUAACUAGUAUUCAGAGACAAUGCAUUAAGUACAGGCAUUCUGUCCCUAUUACAUUGAAGUAGGAUAAUAGCAUCACCAGCAUCACAAAAGUUGAACUGUUUUAAACACCACAAUUCCAUCCAUACUUGAACAAGAUGAA